UGGAUUUUGGUUAAGGUGAUAUGAGCCAUGUUAUUAUUUGAUGUUUGGCAACGUAAUUCAUAAUGUGCAUUGGUUUUUGUCAUGAUUUUCUGAAAUUGAGCAUAUAACUACAUUUAUAUACUACUUUAUUUUUAUUAUUUGUGUGUAGUAAUACUCUGAACAACUUUUUUAAAAUGGAUGACACAAGCAAUUUAGAUAGACAGAUAGAACAGCUUAAGAAAUGUGAAAUUAUUAAAGAGUCUGAAGUCAAGGCCCUAUGUGCCAAAGCUCGAGAAAUACUAGUUGAAGAAAGUAAUGUACAAAGGGUUGAUUCACCAGUUACUGUAUGUGGUGACAUUCACGGACAGUUCUAUGACCUCAAAGAAUUAUUUAAAGUUGGAGGUGAUGUUCCAGAAACUAACUAUCUAUUUAUGGGAGAUUUUGUUGAUAGAGGAUUUUAUAGUGUUGAGACAUUUUUACUCUUACUAGCAUUAAAGGUCAGAUACCCUGAUAGGAUAACUCUGAUUAGAGGAAAUCAUGAAUCUAGACAAAUUACACAAGUAUAUGGUUUUUAUGAUGAGUGUGUUCGAAAGUAUGGCAGUGUAACUGUAUGGCGUUAUUGUACAGAAAUAUUUGAUUACUUGAGCCUGUCAGCAAUCAUUGAUGGAAAGAUUUUUUGUGUACACGGAGGUCUUUCCCCCUCAAUUCAGACAUUGGAUCAAAUACGAACUAUUGACAGGAAACAAGAAGUUCCUCAUGAUGGUCCCAUGUGUGAUUUGCUCUGGUCAGACCCUGAAGAUACACAAGGUUGGGGUGUUAGCCCUCGUGGAGCUGGGUACCUGUUUGGAUCUGAUGUUGUAGCGCAGUUUAAUGUUUCCAAUGAUAUUGAUAUGAUAUGCCGAGCACAUCAACUUGUCAUGGAAGGAUACAAGUGGCAUUUUAAUGAAACUGUCCUGACAGUUUGGUCAGCACCAAAUUAUUGCUACAGGUGUGGGAAUGUUGCUGCUAUUUUAGAAUUGAAUGAGCACCUGCAGAGAGACUUCACUAUCUUCGAAGCUGCUCCACAAGAUUCGAGAGGUAUUCCAUCAAAGAAACCUCAGGCUGAAUAUUUCCUUUGAACAAUAAUGAGUACUGUGAUUAAUGAAAGAAAUCCGAUAACUUUUAAAUAGUGACUCCCCGAUCUAAGAUAGAAUUGUGAAGCAAUGUAUUCCUUAUACAAAUAAUUUUAUAUCUUUUCUUAUUUGAUUGUAUGGCCAAUACCUGUUACAGUUAAACAUUCUUUGGUAUAGCAUAGGACUGAUUUGUUAUUGUUAUAUAUAAUAUAUUUUAUAUUCAAUAUAAAGACAUGACAAGUAAUUAAAUUACAAGCCUGGCAUAAGUUGCUAUUAAUGUUUUUGUUUUAUUUUAUAAACAUUCAUGCCCUUGUACCCUACCCUCUUCUUACCUACUUAUGUUAUAAUGGAUGUCAUCUGAUGUAUUACUAGUUUUAUCAAAAUGUCUUAUGUUAUUUUUAAAUAAUAUUUAUAUUAAUUUAAGCAUUUCCUGAAUUUUGUUGAUGUAGUAUGUGUUAAAAUUGGUUAGGCUUAGUAGCAUAAGCAUUUUUUUGAAUGAAGUCAUGUUUUCUUUAAUUAGUUUUAAUAUUGUAUGUGCAUUUAUGCUUUAUAUAAAUUCCUAGGUCAUUUAAUUAAUGUGCAUAUACUUUUUUUGAAACUUAUUAAUGGACAAGUUCCUGCUAAACAUUUUUUUAUUCAACUUAGACAGUUUAUAAAAUUAAUUUUGAAGCCAUUAUUAUUCUAUGGUAUUUUUGCUUAUAAAAACAAAACACUGUCAGGUUUGGAAAUCAAUUAACAUAAUUUCUUCCCCAUUUAGAAUGUGAUGUAGUUCAUAUUUUUAAUAUUAAAAUUUUUGCUUGAAUGAAAUAUAUAAUCUGUCCACAAGUUAUAUAUAACCAUUAUUCAUCAGUAAACCAUUUUCCCCACUUAAAUAAAGAAAUUGAUUAAAAAACAUUACUUUACAAUUUUCAAAUUGAUCAUUAACCUGUUGGGAUUUGAUAAUGCUUCUAUUAAAUGGAAAAUAGAUAUCAAGCAUUUGACUGUUGAAAGUAGAUUUUUAUAUUUGCAUGGUUUAUAAUAUAAUAUUGAGUAUUUUUCAAUCUUAGAUACUGAACUGUUAAGAAUGUGAAAGAAAAAAAUAGGAUUUGUAAAUAACUUUGUAAUAUUUCAUUCUACUCUUAUAAAUAGUAUUAUUUAUCUUUGUUAUAUCAAUAAUGUUCAGGUUUAUUUGGGAAAUGAAUUAAAAUUCUUUUGUUUUUCCAUUUAAAUAAGGCUUACAUUAAUUUAUGACUUAUUUUAACUUUAGAUUAUGUCUAUUUUAUUUAUUUUGUUUCAAUAAAAAGUUAAAGCCGCAUACAUUCUUUAUCUAUAUCCUAUGAAGUGGAUUAA